UGCUUUUGUUUUGUAGAUCAGAUAGGCUGAUUCCAUUACAUAGGACUUAGGUUACAAUAUUGAUAUCUUUGUAUAAUCCAUCCACUAUGGCAUCUGCUCUUGAACCGCUGGUCAAUCGAAUUGUUUCAAUUGUUACCGCAGAUGGUAGAAUGAUCGUUGGGACGCUCAAAGGCUUCGACCAAACUGUCAACCUAAUCUUGGACGAGAGUCAUGAGCGAGUGUUCUCCUCCUCCCAUGGAGUGGAGCAAGUGAUGUUGGGACUUUACAUCAUCAGAGGAGACAAUGUUGCAGUAGUUGGAGAGGUUGAUGAUACCACUGAUGCUGCGUUGGACUUGGAAAAUAUGAAAGCGGCGCCGUUGAACCCUGUACUACAUUAGUACCUUGUUCUUUCUAGUUUUUACAACACAUAGGCAAAGUUCUUCUAUAAAAAGUUGCCUUUUUGAACAAUGAAUUCAGGAAAGUGGAUCACAUUAUAUAGUCUGACUAGUGCAUUAAAAGUUUACAUUUUACUUACUGACUAUUUCUAUUAAGGUUCAGUUUGUGCUGCUCAAUUACGUUUCAAUUUAUUUUCCCCAUUUGUUAAAAUGAGUCCAACAUCACAUGUGUUUUAUACCAUUAUGAACUGCCAUUAGUGUAACAUAAUUUUUUUACUUUUUUAUGGUAG